CCGCCACAAUCGCUGGUUUUGACAAGGCAUCCGCUCGCUUUGCAAACAGUUAGGGCCACGUCGUUGGUCAGCGCACAUCUGCACUGACCGCGGCUGUAUAGCACCAUGUACAGACGCGGCAGUGCCCGGCUGGUGAACCAGCUGCUGAACCAGCAGGCGCACGCUGGCCAGGCCGAAGUCCUUCUCACGGAGCGGCUCUUGUCGGGCUACCUGGCCGGCCCCUCAAGCGGGUCCCAUAUCUCAGAUGUAGCUCUCAGUCUAGCGCGGUGCUUUACAAAGCAAGCGGCCACGAGGAAGGGCUUGCUCGCGAGCCACUCGGUCUUCCGCAGCGGGGCGCUGAAGCAGGAUGAGGGCUUCUUCGCGCUGCUGUUCCGGCGUGCCAUGGGCAGCAAUGCUCCCCGGAAAGGCUUCGAGAACUUUGCCCCCAAGUCGGGGGGCGGCGGCAAGCAGGCGCCUAAGCCAUCGAAGGCGGAGCCCAGCAACGGGGGAGGCGGCGGCAACCAGAAUCGCAACGAGGGCGGGGGUUCGGAGGGCCCCGACUACCAGAACGCGACCGGCAUGCUGCUCAACCUGCUGGGGCUGCUGGCACUGGGCGCAUUCAUGUACGGCCGCGGCGGCGGCGACGGCCGCGGCGGCAGCGGCAACGGCGGCCGCACUGCGGAAAUCAGCUUCCAGGAAUUCCGCAACCGGCUGCUGGCGCAGGGGCUGGUGGCGCGGCUGGAGGUGGCCAACGGCAACUUGGUCAAGGUGUAUGUCAAGUCGGACGCGGGCGACGGCGACGUGGUGCCGGCCGCAGCCGCCGGCGGCCCCGCCGCCGGCCAGCACGAGGAGGUGUUCCAGACCGACGCCACACGCGUGGGAUCUGGAUCUGGUGCGGGCGGCGCGGGCUCUGGAUCCGGAUCCGGCGGCGUGCUGCGCUACUAUUUCCACAUCGGCUCUGUGGACAGCUUUGAGCGCAAGCUGGACGAGGCGCAGCGCGAGCUGGGCAUCCCGCCGCAGGCCAUGCUGUCCGUCAAGUACGUGGACGAGGUGUCUCUGAUCGGCGUGGCGCUGGAGGUGCUGCCCACGCUGCUGCUGCUGGGCGCCACCUACUGGCUCAUCAGCCGCCAGAUGCGGCAGAUGACGGGCAUGGGCGGGCUGGGCGGCCGCGGCGGACUGGGCGGCCGCAGCGGGCGCGGAGGGCAGGGCGGCGCCGGCGGCUUCUUCAACAUGGGCAAGGCCAACGUGGGCUUCAUGGAGAAGGGUAAGGGCGCGGAGAAGAUCAUGUUCAAGGACGUGGCGGGCUGCGAUGAGGCCAAGGUUGAGAUUAUGGAGUUUGUGGACUUCCUGAAGAACCCCAACAAGUACAAGGACCUGGGCGCCAAGAUCCCCAAGGGCGCGCUGCUGGUGGGCCCGCCCGGCACCGGCAAGACGCUGCUGGCCAAGGCCACGGCCGGCGAGGCGGGCGUGCCCUUCCUGUCCAUCUCCGGCUCCGACUUCAUGGAGAUGUUCGUGGGCGUGGGCCCGGCGCGCGUGCGCGACCUGUUCGCGCAGGCGCGCACGCAGAACCCCUCCAUCAUCUUCAUCGAUGAGAUCGACGCCAUUGGCCGCGCGCGCGGCCGCGGCGGCGCCAUGGGCGGGCACGACGAGCGCGAGAACACGCUCAACCAGCUGCUGGUGGAGAUGGACGGCUUCGCCACCACCAGCGGCGUGGUGGUGCUGGGCGGCACCAACCGCCCCGACAUCCUGGACAAGGCGCUGCUGCGACCCGGCCGCUUUGACCGCAUGAUCACGGUGGACACGCCCGACAUCAAGGGCCGCGAGCAGAUCUUCCGGGUGCACCUCAACAAGCUCAAGCUGGCCAAGGAAGUGGACUACUACGCGGAGCGGCUGGCCGCCCUGACGCCCGGCAUGUCGGGCGCCGACAUCGCCAACGUGUGCAACGAGGCGGCCCUGCACGCGGCGCGCAAGAACCAGGACACCGUGGACCUGCCCAACUUCGAGGCAGCCAUUGACCGCGUGAUCGGCGGCCUGGAGAAGAAGAACAAGGUCAUCUCCAGCGAGGAGCGCCGCACGGUGGCCUACCACGAGUCGGGGCACGCGGUGGUGUCCUGGUUCCUGCAGUACGCCGAGCCGCUGCUCAAGGUGUCCAUCGUGCCGCGCGGCACCGCCACGCUGGGCUUCGCGCAGUACCUGCCCAACGAGUCCGUGCUGCUCACCAAGGAGCAGCUGUUGGACCGCGUGUGCGCCACACUGGGCGGCCGCGCCGCAGAGCAGGUGAUGCUGGGCAAGAUCAGCACCGGCGCCGUCAACGACCUGGAGCGCAUCACGCAGAUGGCCUACUCCCAGGUGGCUGUGUACGGCAUGAAUGAGAAGGUGGGGCUGGUGUCCUUCCGCAUGGACCGGGACGCCUUCGACAAGCCCUACUCCGACACCACCGCGCAGCUCAUUGAUGAGGAGGUCCGCUCCUUCAUCGACGAGGCCUACCGGCGCACGCUGGGGCUGGUGGAGCAGCACCGCGGCCUGAUCGAGGCCAUGACGCAGGAGCUGCUGCACAAGGAGGUGCUCAACCUGGAUGACGUGGAGCGGCUGCUGGGCAAGAGGCCCUUCGUCUCCGCAGAGCUGCGCAACAUCGACCGCUUCAGGCACGGCUCCGGCGCGGCGGCGGCGCUGGCGGCGGCGGCGGACGCGGAGGGGGUCAAGGCGGAGGAGCAGGGUGGGGCGGGAGAGGAGGAGGGCGGCAGUGGUGGUGGUGGUGGUAGUGGUGGUGGGGAGGGGGAGGGGAAGGAGGGCAAGGAGGGCGAGGGCAAGGAGGGGAAGAAGGGCGGCGCGCGCCGGCCCGGCCUGAUUGUGGCCACGUAAGCGCGUACCGGUGCAGUGGACACUGUACGUAGAAGCUGAUGUGGACAUGCGGUACAGCUUUCCGUAUUGGGGGUGGGGUGGUGUGUGUGGGGGGCGGGAUAUGCCCGAGCCUAUCGAAGUAGGGGAGGGGGCUAGAUGCGGCCUACAUGGCUGCCAAGCUUAUCGGCUGGUCAAGUGCCUGCAAGGCGUGUGGACUUUAAAAGCAUAAAGUGCUGCUUGAGCUUACUUUGCGCAGAUUUGCCGCUGGUUGAGCGGUGUUGUUCGGCUGACUCGGCGGCGCCAGCAUAAAUGGGGGGUGUGACGGACUCGGGCGGCUGCAGUGCUGGGGGGUUACUGGCCCCUGGUAGCCCCUGAUAGCUAGUGAUGAACUCGUAAAGAUGUGUAGGCUCCGUGGGCAGAGCUCCGUGGGCAGAGCUCCAAUGCCCGCACGGCUCUGUGCAAAUCUGGUCUGCAUGUAGAACUUCACAUGUGUGAGUUUCUGUUGUGGGCAAGGGAGGUCUGGGAGGAACCCUUUCUGUUGUGGGCAAGCGAAAAGGGUUGUGCUAUGGACCUCUAUGAUGCGCGUGUCCAGUCUCCACUUUGCAUACGUUUCAGCCAUGCACACACGCACGCGCACAUGUAGCCAAAAUGCAUCCAGCCACUGCGGUUUGACCGCUCCAUGUAACAGUACGGCCGUAAGUCGCAAGCCCUUCGCCGACACCAUUGUGUCCCUGAGCCUUCCUUUUGAGCUUUUGCA